GAAAAAAGAGAAGGAAGAGAUGGAGAGGCAGAGAGGUCAGCAGUCCCAGACCCAGUGUCAGACCUGCUGGUGGGGGUGUUUGGUGCAGAGAGAUCCCCCAGACUUGUGUGUGCCCCUAUUUAUCGGCCCCUGUCCCUGGGCUUCUGGACCCUUCUCAAACCCCAGUUCCAGGGGUGGCUGAGAUCAGCUGGGGGAAGCCGAGGUGCUUGCUGUGGCUUUCCUGUCCCUCAGGGCCCUCUUUGAGCUCACAGCAAUCACUUGGGGCUCAUCUGCUACGCUGGUGCUGCUGGCUGCACUGAGGCCACCACCGUGAUGGCAUGUGAGCUCCCAUGCCACCAGGGCCUGCUGCUGGCUGCUGCCCUGAGCAGUGCUGCAUCUCGGGGCUGGGAAACUUCUACCCAGCGCCGAUGUGUUCCGCAUGCUGCCACUGGGUGCUGCAUACUGCUGAUGGGCUCUGUGUGCUGCUGAUGGGCACUACAGGCAUGGCACCAGCAGGGGCUGCAGUGAAACUGUGCGCUCACUGUGCAGCGAUGCUGGGGAGCACGGCGGGACAGGACUGCUGCAGGGCUGUUUGGUGGCCCUGGCAGCACCUGGCUGCAGCGGUGCCCCAACUUUGGAGCAGUUUAUGGCUGCAGUGGUCCAGGUGAUGCUUAGGGUCAGCUCUGCUGGGGCAGGAGAUCACCAGUGGGGAAAGGGGAGAUGUAUAUGGAGAAGAGUGGCAGCGUUGGCCAUGCCCGGUGCAGGAAGCAUCGCCGCUGCAUGCCUCUAGAGGGGAAUACCACUGGAGCUGAUAGAAGGAGCAGAAGAGGUCCAUGGGAAGAGCUGUGCCCGCAUCCCCAGGAUGGAACCUCCAGUGGAGUCUGCACUGCUGGAAUGGAGCGGGCAGGGGGCACUCACCCCCUGCAGCCUUGGGGAGCCUCUCCAGCAGGCUCCGGACACAUGGCCAUGGAGCUGCCGAGCUUCUGCAGCCACCCGCUCUGGUUUGUGCUGGCAUUGCUGCUGGGGAUGCUCCUCUGGGCCACAAGAAGACGUGCCUGGGACCCACGCAAGUGUCCCACCGACCUGACCGGCAAGACGGUCAUCGUCACCGGAGCCAACAGCGGGAUCGGAAAGUGCGUGGCCAUGGACCUGGCCCGCAGGAACGCCCGCACCAUCCUGGCGUGCCGGAGCCGGGAGCGCGGCCAGGCGGCAGCGGAGGAGAUCCGGGCGGCCACCGGCAACCCCAACGUGGUGCUGCGCCUGCUGGACAGCAGCUCGCUGGCCUCGGUGCGCGCCUUCGCCCGGGAGGUGCUGCGGGAGGAGAAGCGUCUGGACGUGCUGGUGAACAACGCCGGCGUCACCGGGCUGCCCUUCGCGCUCACGCCCGAGGGUUUGGAGCGGACCUUCGCCACCAACUACCUGGGCCCGUUCCUGCUCACCAACCUGCUGCUGGAUCUGAUGAAGGCGUCGGCGCCCGCCCGCAUCGUCACCGUCUCGUCCUUCCGGCACAGCGCGGGCACCGCUGACUGCCGAUUCCUCACCGGGCGGGCGCGGCCCAACAGCUUCGACCACAUCUACAACAGCACCAAACUGAUGAACGUCCUCCACACCGCCGAGAUGGCGCAGCGCCUGCAGGGCACGGGGGUGACCGCCAACAGCCUGAACCCCGGCGUGGUGAGCACCGGCAUCAUGCGCAACUUCAGCUUGGUGGUGCGCGGCCUCUUCUUCCUCAUCAGCCCCUUCAUCAAGUCGGCGGAGCAGGGGGCCGUCAGCACCAUUUACUGCGCCGUGUCGGAGGAGGUCUCGGGCAUCUCCGGGAAGUACUUCGACAGCGAUUGCAGCCUCACGCUGCCCUCCGCGGCCGCCCGGGAUGCCGGGCUGGCCCGCAAGCUUUGGGAGGAGUCGGAGCGGCUGACGGGGCUGAGCUCGUAGGGUGGGCGGCCCCGAGCGCCCCCCCCCCGCUAGGAGCCGGGACGGGGCAGAGAGGGAGCGAGCGGCCGCUGUGUUAAGUGCUUUAUUAAAGGCUUCGAUGUGAGCGCUA